AUGCUUCAUCCAUCUCAGACUCGUUGGCUCUCACUUGUUGCAGUUGUGGAAAGAAUACUCGAACAGUGGGAUGCAUUGAAACUCUUCUUCACAAACACAUGGCUCAGCGAGAAGCUCGUUUCAACAGAAAUCAUAUUUAAUAACUUAAAUGAUCCAUUCAUCAAAUUAUACUUUAAUUUUCUCGCAUGGAUUUUACCUAAAUUUACAGAGUUUUACAAAUUUUUCCAAUCAGAAAACGUUGUGAUAACUUCGCUAAAUGACAAAAUUCACGAAAUAUACCGGGACAUUCUACUCUGUUUUUUAAAGAGAGAUUACGUUAUGAAACAUGAACUUGAAUCAAUAAAUUUCGUCAAUGAAGAAAUUUGGUUAAGAAACGAGCAAAUGUACUUAGGCGUCAGAGUAAUGAAUGAUCUCAAAAAUCUUGAAAUUUCAAGAAGUAAACUGGAACUCAAUAAAUUUUUUAGUGUUUGCCGCAAUUUCCUGGUAACGAGUGCUAAAGAAAUAAAAAAGCGUUAUCGCAUGAAUGACCCCCUUUUAUCAAAACUUCAUAUACUACAUCCUGCGAAUGCUGCAUCGUCAAAAUUUCGAGAAUCUGUUCCUUCGAUAUUUUCAUUAAUCGAGUUACUUCCUAGAGUAGUACAGAUGGACAACAUGAGCUUAAUUCAAAACAUCGAUAAUCAAUGGAGAAAUCUUCCAGCUAAAUUUAAUGAAUUAGAUUUGACUUUACCGAUUGAUAAAUUUUGGAGUGAAUUGCACCUAUGUCAAGAUUAUAGGGAGCUAUCACAAUUCGCAUUAGACACUUUGUGCAUUCCCCAUUCGAAUGCACAAUGUGAACGAGUAUUCAGUCACGUCAAUCUAAUGAAAACAAAAAUUCGGAAUAAAUUGUUGACAAAAACAGUGAAUGGGACUUUGUUGGCUGCACAACAUAUUAAGGAAACUGGAUCAUGUAUCGAUUUCAAGCCAUCUGACGAGAUGUUGUGCAAAUUAAAUUUGAGUAUGUACAAAAGAAUAAAUACUUCGUCUCCCGAGUCUACUGCUGCGCUCAAUGACUCUGAUAGUGAAUAA